AUGGACCAGACCGAAGCCCUGCCAGACGACACGCUCGCCAGCAUCCUCGGCCGCCUUCCGCCGUGCGACCUCGCCGCGUCCCGCUGCGUCCGCAAGACGUGGCGCGCCGUGGUGGACGCCCGCCGCCUGCUGCUCCCGCACCUGCUCCCGCAUUCGCUGCAUGGCAUCUUCAUCAACUACAUCGACUACGAGAGCCCGCGCUGCUUCUCGCGCCCCUCCACACAGAAGCCCGCGAUCGACUGCAACCUCGACUUCCUGCCUGGUUACGCCGAGGAUUUCGAUUCAAUCGUAGAUCACUGCAACGGCCUCUUGCUUUAUGAGAGCGACAUGAACUUGUGCUCCUACGUGGUCAACCCCGCCACGAGACAAUGGGAACGUCUCCGCUACAAGACCGACGCCCGCCACCACCUCGCAUACCUUGCGUUCGACCCUGCCGUCUCACCCCACUAUGAGGUGCUUUUGAUCCCGUGUGUACCUGACAAAGUGGACCCUGCACAAGAUUCCAUGGAAUGGCCACCAUCCUCGUGGGUGUUUGAUGUGUUCUCAUCUAGUACAAGGAAAUGGCUCAAGAGAUUAUCUAUGUCGGAUGGCAAGUACCAAGUAAUUAAGAUGCCAAUAGAUAUUGUAGAAAGAAAACAGGAUCAAUAUCUUGGCAAAUCAGAAAAAGGGGUGUACCUUGCAGCUAUAAUAUAUGAUGAACAUAUACUCCAAGUUAAAACCCUUGUUGAAUCAAGCAGACACAUAGAUUGGGUGUUGAAGUAUCAUGUUGAUCUUGAGCCAUGUGCAACGGCAGAUUGCCGGAUCGACACAGGUGAGCUCGAGGGAUUUGAAAAAACAUGGACCUUAGAUGGAGGACGACGAGAAGGAGGAUGGGGAGAAGCAGAUGAAGAAAAAGGAGAAGGAGAAAACGGUGGAAUGCUAAUACCGAAGAAUCUAGAAUGGGACUCCGACGAUGAUAAUGUUCUGAAUGGUAAAGCUGAUUAUGGAUGCUUCUAUGGAAGGAACGUCUACUUCCUUGGCUUUCACCCCUACAAGGAGGUUGUUUUCUUGGGGUUAUCAUUUACAGGAAUGGCUUAUCAUUUGGAAAGCUCGAAGGUUCAGUAUCUGGGAGACAUGCGCCCAAAAGAUUACUAUCAUGGACAUGCGAAUGGCAUAUACGACUCAUUUCCGUACACCCCUUGCAUGAUUGGGGAGCUUCGAAAUCAUGCUUCAAGGAGUCGUCGCAGAGGUUGGAGCAUUUAA